UUAACAGCCGCUGUUCUUGAAUAGGCCAGAAUCGGUCACUGGGGGCGGGGAAAAGAUGUGACAUCACAGACUAAGACCAGGUCUGUCCUAUGUCCUGGUUGGCAGGGUAAGGUGGGGACAGAACGACCAAAGACAGACAGACUGACUGACUGGGAUAUACAGAGAACCCUUGUGCUUUUACUGACCACUGAUUGACCAUUGGCUCGUGGCUACAUCCACAGAGAGGAUACAGUUCUUUGAAUAUUUCGUGGGCUAUCAACGGAACAGAGUUUGAGCUCCAGAAACCGAACAUGACUGAAAAUGGCCUUGGGCACCGGGUGCUUAACAUGGACACCAUGAACCCGAAUGUAAAGCGGGUUGAGUAUGCUGUCCGUGGUCCAAUCGUGCAACGCGCAGUGCAGAUUGAAAAGGAGCUCAAAGAGGGGGUUGAGAAGCCUUUUACAGAGGUCAUCAAGGCCAACAUUGGUGAUGCGCAUGCCAUGGGCCAGAAACCAAUCACAUUUCUCCGACAGGUUGUAGCGCUCUGCGCCUACCCAGAUCUCCUAGAAGACGACAAGUUUCCAGAGGACGCUAAAAAUAGAGCACGGCGCAUCCUUCAGGCCUGUGGAGGGGGAAGUAUAGGUGCAUACAGUGUUAGUCCAGGCAUUGAGAUCGUACGACAGGAUGUGGCUAAAUACAUUGAGAAGCGGGACGGUGGCAUCCCCAGUAACUCUGACAGCAUCUACCUCUCCACCGGGGCCAGUGAUGCCAUAGUGACCAUGCUAAAGUUGUUGACGUCAGGCGAGGGGAAGAACCGUACAGGGGUGAUGAUCUCCAUCCCUCAGUACCCCCUCUACUCUGCUGCUCUGGCUGAGCUGGCGGCUGUCCAGAUCAGCUACUACCUGGACGAGGACAAGUGCUGGAGCCUGGACAUCGGUGAGCUAAGGAGGGCUGUGAAGGCAGCCAGGGAGCACUGUAAUCCCCGCGCCCUCUGCAUUAUCAACCCUGGCAACCCCACAGGUCAGGUCCAGAGCAGGCAGUGCAUUGAAGAUGUGAUCCGAUUCGCUGCUGAGGAGCGCCUUUUCCUGAUGGCUGAUGAGGUGUACCAGGAUAACGUGUACGCGGAGGGUUGCCAGUUCCACUCCUUUAAGAAGGUUCUGUUUGAGAUGGGACCAGAGUACUCCAGUGUUGUGGAGCUGGCCUCCUUCCACUCCACCUCCAAAUGCUUCAUGGGAGAGUGUGGUUUCAGAGGAGGGUACAUGGAGGUGGUUAACAUGGACCCUGAGGUGAAGUUGCAGCUGACUAAGCUGGUGUCUGUGCGACUGUGCCCCCCCAUCCCUGGGCAGGCCCUACUGGACAUCGUGGUCAAUCCCCCUCAGCCUGACGAGCCUUCCUACGCCACCUUCAUCAAGGAGCGUACUGCCAACCUGGAUAUCCUGGCUGAGAAGGCCAAGAUGACAGAGCAGGUCCUCAACACGGUCCCAGGGAUCCACUGUAACCCUGUCCAGGGAGCCAUGUACACCUUCCCCCGCCUCUCACUGCCAGAGAAAGCCAUCAACGCGGCAAAGGAGAAAGGCCAGGCUCCAGACAUGUUCUACUGUAUGAAGCUGCUGGAGGAGACUGGUAUCUGCCUGGUUCCAGGUAGCGGCUUCGGGCAGAGAGAUGGAACCUACCAUUUCAGGAUGACCAUCUUACCUGCAACUGAAAAGCUGAAGGUUGUAUUGGAAAAGAUCAGGGAGUUUCAUAAGCGGUUCACAGAGGAGUUCUCAUAACCCCACUCACCUUCACCUCCCCUCCUCUUCCCAUUCUGGUCUGUAACAAAACCCCACCCCUCUUCCCAGUCUGGUCUGGUCUGUAACACAACCCCACCCCUCUUCCCAGUCCAGUCUGGUCUGUAACACCACCCCAACCCUCUUCCCAGUCUGGUCUGUAACAAAACCCCACCCCUCUUCCCAGUCUGGUCUGGUCUGUAACAAAACCCCACCCCUCUUCCCAGUCUGGUCUGGUCUGUAACACAACCCCUCUUCCCAGUCUGGUCUGGUCUGUAACACCACCCCACCCCUCUUCCCAGUCCAGUCUGGUCUGUAACACCACCCCAACCCUCUUCCCAGUCUGGUCUGUAACAAAACCCCACCCCUCUUCCCAGUCUGGUCUGGUCUGUAACACAACCCCACCCCUCUUCCCAGUCCAGUCUGGUCUGUAACACCACCCCAACCCUCUUCCCAGUCUGGUCUGUAACAAAACCCCACCCCUCUUCCCAGUCUGGUCUGGUCUGUAACAAAACCCCACCCCUCUUCCCAGUCCAGUCUGGUCUGUAACACCACCCCAACCCUCUUCCCAGUCUGGUCUGUAACAAAACCCCACCCCUCUUCCCAGUCUGGUCUGGUCUGUAACAAAACCCCACCCCUCUUCCCAGUCUGGUCUGGUCUGUAACACCACCCCUCUUCCCAGUCUGGUCUGGUCUGUAACACCACCCCACCCCCCUUCCCAGUCUGGUCUGGUCUGUAACAAAACCCCACCCCUCUUCCCAGUCUAGUCUGGUCUGUAACACCACCCCACCCCUCUUCCCAGUCCGGUCUGGUCUGUAACAAAACCUCACCCCUCUUCCCAGUCUGGUCUGUAACACCACCCCACCCCUCUUCCCAGUCUGGUCUGGUCUGUAACAAAACCCCACCCCUCUUCCCAGUCCGGUCUGGUCUGUAACACAACCCCACCCCUCUUCCCAGUCCGGUCUGUAACAAAACCCCACCCCUCUUCCCAGUCUGGUCUGGUCUGUAACACAACCCCACCCCUCUUCCCAGUCCGGUCUGGUCUGUAACACAACCCCACCCCUCUUCCCAGUCCGGUCUGUAAUAAAACCCCACCCCUCUUCCCAGUCUGGUCUGGUCUGUAACAAAACCCCACCCCUCUUCCCAGUCCGGUCUGGUCUGUAACAAAACCCCACCCCUCUUCCCAGUCCGGUCUGUAACAAAACCCCACCCCUCUUCCCAGUCCGGUCUGGUCUGUAACAAAACCCCACCCCUCUUCCCAGUCUGGUCUGGUCUGUAACACAACCCCACCCCUCUUCCCAGUCCGGUCCGGUCUGUAACACAACCCCACCCCUCUUCCCAGUCCGGUCUGUAACACAACCCCACCCCUCUUUCCAGUCCGGUCUGUAACACAACCCCACCCCUCUUUCCAGUCCGGUCUGUAACACAACCCCACCCCUCUUUCCAGUCCAGUCUGUAACAAAACCUCACCUUCCUCCUCAGAAACUGGAUGGAGAGAUGGUGAAAAUAUCUAACUGAAAGAGUGCCAGUGUGUUACCAACACACCUCCUGUUUGAGACUCUCCCCUCUAGUGUCUGAGACUUGACAUUAAAAGAGGAACAAUGUGUUAAGAAACUGCACUUUUUAGCAUGGUACCUGGCACGCUGUUCUGUUUCAGCUCAUUGUUUAAAUUGUGUCAGACAGCAUCUGCACAGUGUACAUAUGUGAUAAUGUUUGUCAUUUUCAGUUCAUGACUAUAACUGAUUUUGUAAGUUGAGGGUUUUACUUGUUCUGCCAAUUAUUUUACAGCCUAUCUAGUUUUACAGGUUAUACAGCUACAUUAUGAUCAGUCGUACUAAUAUCAGUAAAUAGUUGGCAGUGGUGUGCUUUUCUUGCAUGCCAGAGGGAUCUUCUGUUGAAAAGGAUACUGUGAACUACUGUGUGUACGAUGAACAGUCUGAAUGUAGUUACAGUAUUUAAUAACUAUGUUGAUUUUAUAUUGAAUUGUAAAAAUAUAAAUUAAAGUGUCAUUUCUAUGUC